UCCCUCCCUCCCCUCCAGAAUUAAAGUUGGGACGGUGGCGCUCCGGGGAUGGGUGCGAGCCAACGCCUCUGCCGCCGGCUCGCUCUGCUCCGUCCCCAGGUCGCCCGGAGCCCGCUCCCCCGCCCGUCCGCCCAGGAGGGAUGCUGCUCCGGGAGCUGCUGGGGCUGCUCCGCUGCUGCUGGCCCUCCCUGCUGCUGCACUGUGCCCUCCACCCGCUCUGGGGCUCUGUCCAGAUCACUCAGGGCGAGCCCCAGAAGUCAUGCUCCAAGCCUGUAGCAGACGAAGUGACAGAGAGCUGCCAGGAAGUUUGCCAGUGCAGACCACCUCCACCAUUGCCACCACCUCCUCCACCUCCACCACCUCCGAGGUUGCUGGUGGUGCCGGCUCCCAAGUCUACCUUCUGCCCCACUGAAGAGACCUGGUGGCCAGGCCUGGUUAUUAUCAUUGCAGUAUGCUGUGCCACACUAGUGUUCCUCUUUGUAGUUGUCAUCAUUUGCUACAAAGCCAUAAAAAGGAAACCCAUGAGAAAAGAAGAGAAUGGAACCAGUCGGGCUGAAUAUGCAAUGACCUCCUCCCAAAACAACAAAACAGUUGACAACAGUGCGGUCGUAUAAUCCCUGAAACCCCACUGAGGUGCAGGAGGUGGUAAACUUUUAAAGCACAUGCAUGGAGUAUGCAAGGUGGGUGAAAUAAGGCACCAAAGGGGGCUCUGUGGCCACAGACUUCAUUUCAGAAAUAGCGCACGCAUCAGUGACUCAGAAGAGAAAAGCAGGCAGCUCUUCAGGCUUGCUGCUUCUCCAAGGGAGGAUAAACUCGCCUGUCCAGGCUGCCCAGAGAAAAAGCAUCACAAAGGCAUAGGCAUUGCAUGCUGCAUCUCGUGAAAGCAACGUCACGAUGCCUCCUGCUUCCUCUUCACCCACUUUUUAUUUUGAAUUGGGUGCCCACAAAAAGCUCCUUAAAUAGGGUCUUUCAAGGAAAAGGUGAUCUGCCGGAGUGGCAGCAGCUUAUUAUAAAUGUGUCUGAGGGUCAAGGGUGGAAGCUAUCACCUAUAUGCUUCUCCAGCCCAUGCAGUGUUUUCACCUAGAACCUAGCAGCUUUGUAUAAUUAUACUUCACUCAUUCUUAUCAUUUUUAUUAUUUCAUUAUUAAAAAGGAGAAAAAAAAAUCUGUUAAGCCAUCAAGAAACCAAAAGUUGGAUGAACUUGUGACUGAACUUGUGACCAGGAAAUUCAUCUGUGGUCUGGUGACUAUGCAAUUUCCAUGGCUGAAGAUUUUUCAGGCAAAAGAAAUCAAAAUAUAUUAUUUUAGCAAUUAGCAUUGCUAAUGAAAGAGAGAUAUUAUUAAGAGGUGCUUUGAACAUUAUUACUUUAUAGUAAGCCUCCUUUUCCACAUCACAUACUUUUUAUCUUUUAAAAGUUCUUCCUUUGUGAAAGUUUUCCCAUGUUUCCCACAUUUCCUCAUGGUUGCAUCGCACUGAUUUGCCAGGGAAACCCCUACAUGAAACAUCUUGUUUACAUCCUGGAGUGAGCAUUUGGGCGGGACUUUGUAGAGAGGAUGAGCAGCCCUUUGAAGUCCUUUUCCUUCACUGAUGAGUGUUGUUUCCUGAAAGUGCCAAGUCUGGUGAAAUGACCCACCAAGGACGUUGUAGAGCUGGCCUGGAGGACCAUUUUUGAGGGCCUUGUAAGCUGGUUGUGCCCAUGUUAACUCAGUCUCUGCCUCUCCUGGGCAGAGACUGCCAGUUGUGCCAAAUUCAGCGUAAUAGCUUAGUGAUGUACUUUCCAUGACAUGGAUUGCAGACUACUUUAAGCAAAGCUGAAUCCACCCAAAUCCAUUUCAUUUAGGAUCUCAGGUUAGACUCAGUAAGCAACCCCUAGGAUAAAGACGAUAGGAGUGGCCGAGCCGCUGGUCUUUACCCACCCCCUGAAAACUUUCAUUUGUGUCACACCUCCACAUGUAUGUCUCCAUUUACCUCUGUGCUGAAAGUAGCGACGCAGUGAAAGAGAAACGUCCACCCUGGCUUCUUGUCUGGACAUCAAGCACCAAUGCCACUGGGUCUCUGUGUCUGUGAGUAACUCCCAGGGGCCAACCUGGCCCUGGUCCGGGAUGUGGCUGUUCCCCAACCGUCGCGUCCAUCGGAAAUGCAACACACCGAUGCUUUCAGUUUGUGUAAGGAUGUGCCUGAACUGCAGAAAGCAGAUCUUGAUUUUGAACGUGGUCCUGUCUGCAUUUGGUCUAUCUCUGGGAUGUAGAGCUUGGCCUGAUGGUAGAGGAAGACGAUGUUCUGCAGACCUUCUCUGAAAAAACUCCGGGAUGCUUGAAUCAGCAUUUUCAGCUCAGGCCCAUCUCUAGUUUUCUAUUACCUAUUGAACAAUAGGAUAUAUGUAAAUAUAAGUAUCUUUUCAAUGAUAAAAUGAAAUGCUGCUAUAUACCGCUGUUGAGAAUUUUAUGGAGUUAUUCAUUUAGCUUUUUAGCCUGUCAUCAUUAUGUAGAAGUUUAGCUACAUAAAAUUAUUUUUAAAGGCUAGACUUUCUUGAGAAGUAAGUUAUAAAAGUGAAAGGGAAUAAGUAACCUUUUGCCCAAGACUACGAUCAUUUCCUGCCAUAUUUAUAUUGUGUGCUUGCACAAGAUACAGUGAUAUGCUCUUAGAUCCAAAGUGGGAUUAAAAUGACAGAAUUUACAUUUUGAGUCUAGUAUCCCAAAUGUUGAUUGCCUAAAGCACUUAGCCCCUAAAUACUAUAAUAAAAAUAUUGCAAGUAUAUUUCUAGAAUAUUUUUAAAGCUAUAAUAUUUAUUUUGGUGUAGUUACCUAUGUUUGCCUUUCUUUUUUUACUCCAGUUGUUUCUGCCUAAAUGUGUCAUAGUUUGAGACUGGUUGCAUGUUUAGCUGAGAGUAUAAGUAUGAAUGCAGAUGAGUUUAGCAUGAUACGGACUCAGGAUUAGCACUUUCUCCUAAAGGUUGUUGAUUUUACUUAUUUCCUAAUAAAGCUUUAAAGGUAUGUUCUGAAAGGCCAAAAUCACAAAAGGGAUUUGUAGCUCAUCACGUUCAUCAAAAUGUGUCUGUUUUUGCAAGAAAAAGUCUAAAGAGAUGGUCACUGGAUGCUGUCUUAUUUUCAGUGAUGUCGAUGGUAAAAUGUCCUCACUGAGAGAAAACUGUGGUGUAUGACAUAACCCACAAGCAAACCUCCCCUAAAGCCCUGGAGGUCUCUUCAGUGGAACACAAAUGUUCAGGCUUCGUGCAGAGCAGGGAGGUAGCACGUUUCAAGGAGCCACACGUGGGGACCGGCAUCUAUUUCCAACUCUGCCACUGAUCUGCUGUUUACUAGCAAGUAAUUUUGCCUCUCUGUGCCUCAGUUUACCCAUCUGUGUAGUCAGGAUAAAAAUACUUAACAGCUCUGUGGCAGUAUUUUGAGAGAUGUAUAUGUAUCUUACUUGCAUAGGCGGGGUUACACUGUCAUCAUAUCCAACACGCUGAUAUUAAAUAAAUGUAUUUGGGCACAUCAUCACCAUAAUACUCACAC